UAGUUAUGCGAAGGAUCGUGGAACCGCGUUUGUGAGUGGUCGGAUUUUUCGUUGCUCGGGGGUUGCGUGAGUGUUUUGUUAUGAUUUGAUGUGCUCGUUUUAUGACAGAUGCCUUCAUAGGGGGACGGAACCAGUAACUAGUGAAGUGAAGUGUGCAUGCGUGGGGACGCUCGGUCGUUCGUUUGUUGGUUGCAUGGCGGCAUCAGCCUUUGGUCGCUCUAGCUGGUGAAUGCAGAUGAGGCGGAAAUCGUCGGUGAAUUACAUAUGAUUUUGAAUUGAAAAAAAAAGAGAUAGAACGCGCCUAAUUUGGGGAACCACAUUUGAGCAAACAAGGCACCCUUCCCAGGAAAACCACCGACAAAGGGCAAAAUGGAACGCAAUCUUUGCUCCUUAAAGCUGACACGGGAGGAAAAGAAAUUUUUCCCGAAAUAGAGAAAGAAACCCUUUUGGGCAUUCUGAGGGGAAAGGGUCUAGCAAACUUGCCCUUCAGAGUUGAGUUCAAGGAUUUAUCACAAAACAUAACCAGGGUGUCGUAAAUAAUCCGGUUCCUUCUUUGUAAAACAAAACUAAUUGCAAGAUUAAGAAAAUUUACUUUACCUCGGCUUGGAAAGAAGUGUAAACAAGAGGUUUUCUUUUCUUAAGAAGUCAGAAUGAAAACACAAAAGUCAUGCAAAUCAGAGGAACUGAGAAAAAAGUGCAAACGAUAAACUAUUGAAACAGUGAAAAAUAUUGAUGCAGUAAAAGGGCUCCGGAAACAGGAAAGCAAUUACAGUGAUUGAAUUUUUUGCUUCGAAGAAAACAACACCGGUUGGGUUCGAUUGAAAAAAAAAAAACAAAACACGUUCAAUGGUCCCGGUAAAGUAAACCCUCCAAGAGGAAGAGCGAGGCGAAGAUUGAAAAUUCUGUCGAUUUACGCGAUUAAUUUUUGAUGCUGACAGUUUCGGGCAAGUGGAAAAUCGGAAAGAAAGUUCAUUGACAGAAGACAACACUCGAAGGAACAAGCCCUAGCGAACAAAAGGUUUUUCGAGCGGGUGAGAAAUUGCUAAUUCGUGUAAAUAUUUGAGACAAAACAAAAAAAACGGUGUCUUAUUAAGUGGAAGCUGUUGGUUCGAGAAGAAAAAGCACAAUGGGAAAAACGUCGUGGUGGAAGCUGGAAAUGUUCUUCAUCAGCUUGAUGGCGUUUGCGAACACUCAAGCAUUGGAGUUUCCAAAGAUCACUGAACAUCCUUUGGAUGUUAUUGUUCCUCGUCAUGAACCGACGACGCUCAAUUGCAAAGCGGACGGAGUUCCGAUGCCUACAAUUAGCUGGUUCAAAGAUGGCGAACCCAUCCGAGUUGAGCCGGGAUCGCACAAGAUGUUCCUCCCGGCAGGAGGUUUGUUCUUUUUGAAGGUUCUGCAUUCUCGUCGUGAGAGUGAUGCCGGAGUCUACUACUGUGAGGCUAAAAACGAACUCGGAGUGGCCAGAAGUCGUAAUGCGACUUUAAAAGUCUCCGUUUUACGCGAAGAUUUCCGACUGGAGCCACAAAAUACUCGCGUUGCUCAGGGUGAAACUGUCAUGCUGGAAUGUGGUCCGCCAAAAGGUUACCCAGAACCAACUAUCAGCUGGCGGAAGAAUGGUCAAACACUGGAUUUAAGCAACUCAAAACGCGUUCGUAUCGUAGAUGGCGGAAAUCUAGCCAUUCAGGAUGCCCGCCAAUCAGACGAUGGCCGGUAUCAGUGCGUGGCUAAAAACGUGGUCGGAACCCGGGAAUCAGCCGUGGCCUUUCUUCGAGUGCACGUCAAACCGUUCCUGGUGCGAGGACCCCAGAACCAGACGGCCAUCCUGGGCAGCUCGGUGGUGUUUCAGUGCCGGGUAGGAGGCGACCCGAUGCCGGAUGUGCUGUGGAGGCGGUCCGCUUCCGGUGGCAAUAUGCCACUAGGUCGAGUUCAUGUCCUAGAGGAUCGAAGCCUGCAGAUCGAUGACAUUACCCUCGAAGACAUGGGUGAAUACAGCUGUGAAGCGGACAAUGCCGUUGGAUCCGUUACCGGCACCGGAAGUUUGACCGUCCAUUCACCACCGCAGUUCGUUCACCGUCCAUCAAACCAGAUGGUAGAUAUUCGAGCGGAAGCAGUGUUUGAGUGUCAAGCCACUGGGUAUCCGCAACCAACUGUGUUCUGGACCCUGGAAGGUAGCCGAAAUUUACUGUUUUCCGGAAGUCGGUUCGAAAACUUUGAAGUGACCGAAAAUGGGAACGGGAAAAGUGCCCUUUGGGUGUACUUUGUUGAGAGGGUACAAAAUGGAAAGGUGGUAGUGUGUAAUGCGGUUAAUAGUGUUGGAAGUGUUAGCACCAGGGUUGUGUUGAGUGUAAACCUUCAGGGGGAUCGACCUCCACCGGUGAUUUUGCAGGGACCGGUUAACCAGACGCUGCCGAUUAAUUCGAUAGCCUCGCUCCCUUGCAAGGCAGUUGGAACACCGGAACCCGUUGUAAGUUGGUACCGGGAUGGUAUUCCGUUGAUUUCGACGGCAAGAGUGAAUGUGGCUGAAUCCGGUACUUUGACGAUUACGAGCUUGAGCAAGAAUGAAGACAGUGGUUUGUACACUUGUGUAGCGAGCAACGAAAUGGGCAAGACUACGUGGAGUGCAUUGUUGAAGGUUGACUCGCCGACUAACCCGAACAUUAAUUUUUACCGAGCACCGGAAGUGUCAUCGUUUCCAAGUUCUCCAGGGAAGCCUCAGGUUGUUGAGGUGACGGAUAACAGUGCUACGAUUACGUGGAUUGAAAGUGGAGUGUUUGGGGCAUCCAGUAUUGUAGGAUAUAUUGUGGAAAUGUUUGGAAGAAAUGCAACCGAUGGAUGGGUGGAAGUUGCCAGUGGUGUUCAAGACACUCGUUAUACACUGACGGGUCUGAGGCCGGGUAUUCUGUACUACUUUGUAGUACGCGCUGAAAAUGCUCAUGGAAGAUCGUUACCAAGCUCCCAGUCGGAUCCCGUUGUGGUUGGAAUGAACGACAUCAAUGUAGGAAUUGAAAUCAGUGAAGCCAGGGCCAGUUUGUUAGCUGGAGAAGUAAUAGAACUAGAAAAUGUCACAGCUACUGGUUCAACCUCGGUUAGAUUGAGCUGGAAGAUCUUGAACGGAAUGUACGUUGAAGGGUUCUACAUUUAUGCGCGAGAUUUGGAUGAUCCUACUGGACUAGCAUACAAAAUGAUUACCGUUCUAAACGCAGGAAGUGUCAGCUCGACAACGUUCAACGAAUUGAAACAAUUCAACGAGUACGAAUUCUUUAUCGUCCCGUUUUACAAAUCCGUCGAAGGAAAACCUUCAAAUUCACGACUUGCUAAAACCCUUGAAGAUGUUCCCAGCGCAACUCCAACGGAUCUGGAAGCUCUUAUGCUCAACGUGACAGCUGUUUAUCUGAAAUGGAAACCACCUCCUGCUCAAGAAAUCAACGGAAUUCUACAAACCUAUCAAGUUAUCGUUCGAGGGGUAAACCUCAACUCAAACUACUCCACUGUUCUGACAAAUGUAACGAUAGAUGCUGCCUUCCCGAAUCUACUGCUCUCCAACCUGACCGCUGGAGUAACGUAUACGGUCAGUGUGGCUGCUAGAACAGGUGCCGGAUUGGGACCUUUCAGCAGGCCGGCUUCGUUGAGGUUAGAUCCCAUCACGAAACAGUUGGACCAAUCUUCCUACCGAUUUCCGAUCAACCACGACAACCAGGAUGACAUUCUCACCAAACCUUGGUUCAUAGUACUGCUAGGUCUGGUGCUAGCUUUCAUUUUGUUAAUAUCCGGGGCAAUCAUCUUCAUCAAACGAAGACAAAUAAUGAUGAAGCAGUCUGCGCUUAAUACCUUGAGAGGUCAUCACAACGGUGGUAGAUUGAUGUAUCCAGCCAGCACCUUGAACGUUGACUGCUACUGGACAGACCCGACUAGAAUGUCCCAGUGGCCAUCGACAACCUUCCCGAAACAUCACAUUCCGGAUUACAACACAAUCCGAACUCUGCCAACGAUGCACGUAACCGGACCCCAUCCAAUGAUGAACCGGUACGUGACCAUCGGGGAGACCAACGAAUACGCUGAGGUGGGAGCUGCAACGUUCAAUCCGCUGUCUACGAACCCUCGGAAUCUGCACAACGGAACCGGAAGCAGUAGUAACUCGUCCGGAUACAUCGGAAGCAAGAGUCCUUCCGAAUGUAGUGGGUCUAGGUCGCCGGCUCCCUACGCCAUGACCACUCUGGUGGGCAACUCCAAGUUGGUGACAACGUUUGCCAGCUCUCCGCAGGUUCAAGUUUCUGGGUACGGAAGCAUGUACUCGAACCUGGACUCCGGUUCAGUGCGGGAAGCUCGGCAUCCCGGAUUCCAUACGAAUUCCAAAGUGAAUAUAACUGAAAACAAACUGGAAAAGAUGAGUGAUGUAAAUAACGAUUUGGGUAGCUAAGUGUUAGGGUUAUUUAGGUAAGCGUAGCGUUAGGUUUAGGUGAAAAGUUGGCGACAACAAUCCCAGUUAUGUGUAGAUAAUACUUCUAAAAAACAAUACUCGUGUCCGUGAAGGC